AGAAAUAAGGGAACCAGGAAACAAGUGCCCUCUGGAAGAAAGAGGAGAAAGUCUUUUCAGGUCUGACUCUGUGCUUCACAAUGGGAGACCGAUUGCCUCUUCCGGCACUUGCCAGGACUUUGCUCCCUGUGGCCCUCUGCGUCUUGACCCUUCUGCCCCACGGCCUUCUGGGAAAGGACCACGGAGGCAGCUCCGCCCAGCACCAGAGGGUCAAACGAGGCUGGGUGUGGAACCAGUUCUUCGUCCUGGAGGAGUACACCGGACUGGAACCCCUCUACAUCGGAAAGCUUCACUCGGACAUGGACAAAGGCGACGGCUCCAUUAAGUACAUCCUGACGGGCGAGGGCGCCGGCUCCACCUUCACCAUCGACGACGGCACAGGAGACAUCCACGCCAUCCAGAGGCUGGACCGCGAGGUGAAGGCCCAGUACGCCCUGCGCGCCCAGGCCCGGAGCCGCCUCACCGACCGGCCCCUGGAGCCCGAGUCCGAGUUCAUCGUGAAGAUCCAGGACAUCAACGACAACGAGCCCAAGUUCCUGGACGGACCCUACGUGGCCACCGUGCCGGAGAUGUCCCAAAUAGGAACGUCUGUGAUCCAGCUGACGGCCACAGACGCAGACGACCCCACGUAUGGGAACAGCGCCCGGGUGGUGUACAGCAUCGUGGAGGGGCAGCCCUACUUCUCCGUGGACGCCAAGACGGGUGUGGUCCGAGUGUCCCUGGCAGACAUGGACCGGGAGACCAGAGAGCAGUACCACGUGGUCAUCCAGGCCAAGGACAUGGGCGGCCAGCUGGGGGGGCUCGCCGGCACCACCACGGUCAACAUCACGCUGAGCGACGUCAACGACAACCCGCCCAUGUUCAACCAGAGGUUGUACCAGAUGAGCGUCCCCGAGGCGGCUCCUGUGGGCUCAGUGGUGGGACGCAUCUGGGCCAAGGACAGGGACACCGGGGUCAACGCUGAGAUGAGGUACAGCAUCAUCGAUGGAGACGGAAGAGACACGUUCGACAUCAGCACCGACCCCACCAACCUGUUCGGCAUCAUCACCGUGAAGAAGCCCCUGGACUUUGAGAGCAAACCCAGCUACACCCUGAAGGUGGAGGGAGCCAACUCCAACCUGGACCCGGCCUUCAUGCACCGCGCGUCCUUCAAGGACGUGACCAUCGUGCACGUGAGCGUGGAGGACGUGGACGAGCCGCCGCAGUUCGACCUGCCCUCGUACUUCGUGGAGCUUCCGGAGGACGCUGACAUCGGGACGCUGGUGAGGACGGUGUCUGCCAGAGAUCCUGAUGCUGCCAACAACACAGUGAGGUAUUCCAUCGAGAGGUCCACCGACCCCGACAAGUUCUUCUACAUGGACGUCACGUCCGGGGCGCUGAUGACCGGGCGCCCGCUGGACCGAGAGGAGGUCGGCUACCACAACAUCACAGUCCUCGCCAUGGAGAUGAACAACCCGACGCAGAUCUCCAGUGUGUCGGUGACGGUGAAGGUCCUGGACGUGAACGACAACCCUCCGCUGCUGACUCACUACCUGGAGGCGUACGUGUGUGAGAACGCCAAGGCCGGGCAGCUGAUCCAGACGGUGACGGCCCUGGACCCCGACCAGCCGCUCAGUGGACAUCACUUCUACUACAGUUUGGCUCCAGAGGCGGCGAACAACCCGAACUUCACCCUGAGGGACAACCAAGACAACACGGCCUGGAUCCUGACCCGACGUGGCGGCUGGUCCCAGCAGGACCAGACCCUGUUCUAUUUGCCCAUCUUCAUCUCGGACGGCGAGCAGCCGGUCCAGACCAGCACCAGCACGCUGACCAUCCGGGUGUGCAGCUGCGACCAGGACGGCAACGUCAUGUCGUGUAACGCCGAGGCCUACAGCCUGCCGGCCAGCCUCAGCAGAGGAGCCCUCAUCGCCAUCCUGGCCUGCAUCUUCGUCCUGCUGGUGAUGAUCCUCCUCAUGCUCUCCCUGCGGACCCAUCGUAAGAAGCCCUUCCUGUGCGACCAGGAGGAGAACGUCCACGAGAACAUCGUGCGCUACGACGACGAGGGUGGCGGCGAGGAGGACACGGAGGCGUUCGACAUCGGCGCCAUGUGGAACCCACGUGAGGCGCACAACCACCUGGGCAAGAUGAGGCAGGACAUGCUGCCGGAGAUCGAGAGCUUGUCUCGCUACGUCCCUCAGGUCUGCGUGAUGGGCGGCGGCAGCGGGGACAGCAACGUUCAGGGCUACGUGCUCGCCAAGCUCCUGGACGCCGACGUGGACCCCUGCGCCCCCCCCUACGACUCCCUGCAGACCUACGCCUACGAGGGCGAGGGCUCGGUGGCGGAGUCGCUCAGCUCCCUCCAAUCAGGGGCCUCGACCACCGACCACGAGUACGACUAUCUCAACGACUGGGGGCCCCGAUUCAAAAAGCUGGCCGAGAUGUACGGCGUGCUGGAGACAAACCCCCCCCCGCUGUGGUAGAGCUCCGGACACCUUUGCCUUUUUUAAGAAUCUGAGACAAACUGCAAACGACAAAAAGAGACAGAGACAGAAACACGUCAGAGAAGCUUCACGAACAUGUGAGGACGACAAAGCGCUGAAACGUCCACGAGCACGACUGUUGGCACUUGAAAUUCCUCUUCACGGCCCUGGAGGCCUGAGAUGCUCACAGCAGCAGCAGAGUGAGCUGGUUUUAAAUCCCCCCCCCCCAGAGACAGGGCUUCAGAGACGGGCUGGAUCGGCAGCCUCGCGGGGCCCCCACAUAGGAACGGCUUCAAAGCACAUGUUACCCCCCCCCCGCCCCGGGCACAGGCAGAGAGAUGAAAUCCAAGAGAACGAGGCUACCUGGACUGGAAGCAGCUCGGGACUCAAACUGUGUUCAAACCCACGGCGUCGGUUUCACUCCGUUCGUGGCAGGUUUUAAUUUAUGUGUUUUCCGUGACGUAUUUAUAUCGUUUAACUUAUUUUGGUACUUUGAACCGACACUGUGCCGAAGCCGCCGCUACGUGAGGAGGUCUGGAGGAAAGACCCCGUGUUUUGUUGUAACAUACGAGAUGUGAACUGCCCCUUGUUUUCUGUCUGUGUUGAGAAAAAACAUUUUCCAAGCAUCUCCAGACGAUGCAGGUUGUCAUGUUGUUUAUUGUGUUACUGGUUUUGUAUCGUUUCUAAAGCUCUUUGUGUUGUACUUGUUUAUUUCUGUUUUCCGUUAACAUGAAGCAGCUCAUUCACGAGAAGAGGGAAGCCAUUUAAAAAAAAAAAAAACACUCUUCGAUGGAACUGGAUAUUUUUUAUUGCAGCAGACAGUCGGAGUUUACCCAGAAUGCAUCAGCCCACCUGGAUGAGCACAUGACCACGUCGCCUUUGAACCCGGAUCCACCGGCGUGCCAAUGAGAGGCUGGAUCCGUCCCCUCAGAGACACUGUGUCCUUUUUCUAAAUCCUCCGACCCCGGGGACGACAGAGACGAUGAUCAUCUGCAUUAAGUGCCAAAUUAAAAAAAAAGGACAAGUUACAAAAAAGACAUUUUGGGGAUGAAAAGAAAAACACAAAACGACCAAAAGACGAAGGAGGACUUUGAAAACUGAAGGAUCAUUUUGAUAAUUCGAUUGACUUUACUUGAAGUCCAUGUGGUGAGUCAUGCCACAGUGCGUGGUGUGUGAAUGUAGAUACUUUUUUGUAUUCUUGCUAAU